AUGAUUAAAACGUUGUGCUUCAAGAAAAGAUGUUAUCUACUUCGAGCGUUUUUCCUCUGUGGAUUUGCCAUCAUCCUUUUUUUCUAUGUCAUUUUUGGCCAGAUGCUUAACAAAAAAGAGGUGCCUUCCUCAUGGGACAUCCAGUAUCCAGAACAACGCAUCCCAGAGGAGACUUUUGAAGAAACUGAAGUUCCUCUGCCAAAUAUUAUGUACAUAAACACCACUUUGAUUCCUAUCCAUGCUGAUUUAAGUGAAGCUGAACUUGAGGAGAAUUUCUUUGAAUUUUUAAUUCAGAAAGAAUUAUGGUGCAAAAAAAACGAGAGGCUCGGUCAUCCUGGCGAAGGAGGCUGGAAUGUAUGUCUCCCUCCUCCAUUUGGUCUACAGAAACCUUGCAUUGUUUAUUGUUUUCAGACGGAUCAGAAUUGGGAAUUUGUUGAUGCCGUGUCUUUUAUUUACGGAUGUCAUGUCUAUGCUUAUGAUCCAAGCUUGAAAGAUGAUAAGCAAAACCGAUCAAAUCUGGUCCACAUUUCAAAAACAGGCCUCGGACACCAAAAUGGUUACAAUCUAAAGGGUUGGAAACUGAACACUUUGAAGACUUUAUUAAAAAACAACGGCCAUACAAAGACAAUCAUUUCCUAUCUUAAAAUUGACAUCGAAUAUGAUGAAUGGGCAAGUCUUCGUACAGCAAUCGAUGAUGGUAGUUUGACAAACGUAAAACAAUUGGCAUUUGAGAUUCACACCGUUCCAGCUCAAGUGAUGAUCAAUGCGGCCAAAAUCAAAUCAAUCCGUCCACACAAAGAAGAAUAUCUUGAGAUGCAUCACAUUCUUUCACAGCUACAGUUAUUGAAUUUCCGUAAGUUUCAUUACCAACGAAAUAUUUUUGGCGAAUACACUUCCGUUGUUACAAACAAGAGUCGUUCCUUUGCCUAUGAACUGUAUUAUGUCAACACAAGAUUUGCACUGCAAGACUACGAUGCUGAAGUCUGA